AUGUGGCUGUUCAUGAGAAAUGGGCCUUCUGGAUUUUCUUCUGCUUCCACAGCUGAGGAAGUAUUAACCAAUGGAAUUGAUGCAUCUGGCCUCAAUGCUAUUGUUACAGGGGCAUCAAGUGGUAUAGGAUUGGAAACAGCACGUGUUCUUGCAAAGCGUGGUGUUCAUGUUGUGAUGGGAAUAAGAAAUAUGGGUGUUGGAGAGAAAUUGAAACAAGGAAUCAUCAAAGCGAAUCCAGCUGCUAAGGUUGAUGCCAUUCAGUUAGAUCUCAGCUCCAUGCAAUCUGUUCGAAACUUUGUGUCCCAGUUUACAUCGUCAGGUCUACCGCUGAACAUUUUGAUUAAUAAUGCUGGAAUCAUGGUGCCGCCUUUCACACUGUCUCCAGACAACAUAGAGCUGCAGUUUGCUACAAACUAUUUAGGUCAUUUCCUUCUAACACACUUGUUACUGGACACGAUGAAGAAGACAGCCCGUGACACAAAGAGGGAGGGGAGGAUUGUGAACCUCUCCUCAGUGGCUCAUCGUAAUUCGUACACAGAAGGAAUCCGAUUUGACAAAAUCAACGAUGAAAAAAGUUAUUCUAAGCUUAUACUGCACGCUAACGAGCUGGCUAGAUGGUUAAAGGAAGAGGGUGCAGACCUAACAGCAAAUUCAGUUCAUCCUGGAGUAAUCACGACCAAUCUUUUCCGUCAUCUUGGUAUUUUUGAAGGUAAUCUUGGCAUUUUCGAAGGUUUAGUGAGCAGCGUUGGUCGACUGGUGCUCAAAAACGUUCAACAGGUGGCCCCAACUACCUGUUAUGUGGCGUUGCAUCCACAGCUCAGAGGCGUCAGCGGUGAAUACUUUUCGAACAACAAUUUGGACAAGGCAGAUGCCAAGGCUACUGACAAAGAUUUGGCUGCUAAACUUUGGGAUUAUACAAUGGACCUGAUAAAUAAAUAGGAGUAAAUCAUUAUAUGUAUA